AUGGUUCCCAACCCUACUCCCUCUGUUGAUGAAGAUGUGCAUGUUGAGAAUGUUGAGGGUGUCAAUGAAGACACAAAAUCUGAUGAGGUGUUGAUCAACACCCUUGGUGCUUCUUCUUCUGCUGCUCUCAAGAGACAAAAUAUGACAGUUGUUCGCAAGUACUCUACUCGUUCCUCUGGCAAGAAGAUAGGUUUGGGAUUGAGCGAGAACAAGAAGCGCAAGAAGGUCAUUAUUCUUGAUGAUGAUACUUCUGUUGUGAAGAAUGUCAAGAGAAAGGUUCAAGAUGAUAGUGAUAUUGGUUCUAUGGCUAGAAAACGCAAGAUUGGAAAGAGAAUUCCAGAAAAUGUGCCUGCUGCUCCUUUGGAUAACAUUUCCUUUCAUUCUGAAGAAAGUGUAGGAAAGUGGAAGUAUGUUUUUCAGCGCAGGAUUGUUCAAGAGAGGGAAUUAACUGGUGAGAUUCUGAAUUGUCAGGACAUCAUGGAACUCAUUGAGGCUGCUGGUUUGUUGAAAACUGUUACUGAGAUAGGCAGGUGCUAUGACAAGUUGGUGAAAGAAUUUAUUGUGAAUGUGACUACAAAUUGCACUGUGUCUGGGCAUCCUGAUUUCAGAAAAGUCUUUGUGCGUGGUAGGUGUGUAAACUUUUCACCUGAGAUUAUUAAUCAGUAUUUGGGAAGGAGCACUGUUGACAUGGUUACUGAAGAGCUAUCCUUGAGUGCCAUCACUACUGAACUCACAGCAGGUCAAUUUAAGGUGUGGCAUGUCAAAGGUCUGUUGUCUUCUGCUCAUUUGACUGUGAAGUAUGCUAUUUUGAAUCGCAUUGGUGCUGCAAAUUGGGAUCCUACCACACACAGCUCAGAUGUUUCUUCAGGUUUGCUCCCUAUUGGUUUUCCAUGCUUACUUUGUGAGAUUAUCUUGAGUCAACAUCCUCAAAUUCUCUUUGUUGAUGAGUUCCCUAGGAAGAAAGCUAGUCUUCUCACUAUUGAUUACAGGCUGCUAGCUGGUGCUCAUGUUUCUGAUGUUGCUGGUUUGGUUGAGAUGACUCAGGGGGAGGGUACUUCCUCUCAGAAGACUCCUAGUACUCCUCUUGAUGAGCUUAUUGCGGUGUCUCAGAUGCUUCAGGACACAAUUGCUAGCUGUACCUUGAGGAAGAAGAAUGUGGACACUCUUAUUCUGCAGCUGACUAAAGGCAAGAGGAUUCUUGAAGACAAUGCUGAUGCUAAUGAUCAGGAUGAUGCUGGUACUUCUGAUGAUGACACUACUAGUGAUUAG